GAAUCACAAGGGCGUCAUAUGGGAACAAGAACUUUAUGAUGGAUUUGAACUUAACAAGCAUACACCUUUCUUUUACUCCUUUGCUGCAGAUGUAAAAAUAAGGACAAAGUUAAUACAUAUACACAAAAACUUAUACAUGUAUAACUAGGAAUACAUGGCUGGCCUCUCAUUUGCAGAUAUAGACGACGCAGAUGUAUUCUUCAACAAGCUGAAUUCAAGAGAAACCCAUUCGCACAAGAAGAAAAAGGAAACAAGCGGCAAGAAGCCAAAAGGGAAACUGGAUAAAUCUCAGAUUGGUCUGCCGUCUGAAUUUAGACAUCUAGGGCAUAUCGGCUAUACUCCCAGCAAGGGAUUCAGUGUUCAGAACUCAAGUCCCGAAUGGAACGGUUUCUUUGAUCAAUUGAAGGAUUUGGGACUUACAACGACGGAAAUCAACGACAAUCAGGAAUUCAUUCAAGAUUUUGUCAGUAAACGAGGCGGUUUCAGUCAACAGCGGCCACAACCACCACCUCCUCCUCCCCGUUCGUCAAACCAAAAGACACGGCCCCCACCUCCUCCUCCUCGAAAAAUAGCCUCUGUUGGUGGUAAGUAAAAGAGAGAAACCGUUUUUGUUGCAAAUAAGACUUAUAUUUUCUGACUGUAGGUCGUCGUCCACCGCCUCCACCACCCCCUUCUCG